AUGCUUUGAGGCAACAUAUCAGAUUACCACUCCCGAGCUUCUAUAUUAUUUUCAAUCCGCGAUUUUUUCGGGGUUUUGCCGAAGUUUUCUUCAUCCAAAUUUUGACUUUAUUGCACUUUUACGCACGCGAUUUUGUGUUAUUUUUUAUGUCUGGCCUGUUCUCUCUUUUCACCUUUAAGAUAAAUUAUUUUUUUCCCUCCAUUUUCGUUGCUGUGCAGAAACAAUUCUGACAUCAUAUCAUGUCAUGAAUAUGCCGUUUCUCUCUGUCGGGCUGUGCGCUCCGGGUGCGCUUUGCGUCGUCAGUGAAGUUGCCUGAUCCACUGCAGACGAGCGCCGCGAACAGCCACACGCUCCUAAGAGGGAAAAAAAGAGAAGAAAAACAUGAAUCACGAACGGACUUGACAGAUUGAAUUUAUUAACAGUGGACAGGCUGAGAGAUAAAUGUGUUUAAGUCGGCUUGACAAGCCCCGGUAAAGACAGAGAAAAGACCGAAAUGUCGCCUGGGAACCAAACCGGGAAGCGAAGGAGCUCGACGACGCUGUGAAAACGGAUCCCUCCCGCGAGGCUUGAAACCAUCUCGGCGCUCCACAGGAGGAGAGAGACGGGGGACAGGCGAGAACCGAGGAGGAGGAGGGAGGGGAAAAUGCUCAAAGUUUGGCCGCGUCGUCUACAAGUGCGACCCCGCAACAGCUGCAGAGAAUGAGCAUGAAUUAUUAAACGAAGAAUGCAUGUCGUUUGGGAUAUAGCUGUGAUUCUGCAAACAUUUAUCAUCUGCACUUCAUCAGCUCAGCCGAUUAUAUCCAAGCUUGAUGCAGGUUGGUGGGCAUAUAAGGACGUCGUCCAGGGGAGCUUUGUUCCAGUCCCAUCCUUCUGGGGUCUGGUGAACUCAGCCUGGAACCUGUGCGCCAUAGGGAAGAGGCAGUCCCCCAUCGACAUCGAAACCAGCCACAUGAUCUUCGACCCGUACCUGACCCCCCUCAGGCUCAACACAGGGGGUCGCAAGAUGGGAGGCACCAUGUACAACACAGGCAAGCAUGUGUCCCUGAGGCCGGAUAAAGCGCACCUGGUGAAUAUUUCGGGAGGCCCAUUAGGAUACAGCUACCGUCUGGAAGAAGUCCGUCUACACUUUGGGAGCGAAGACUCUCAGGGUUCAGAGCACACCCUCAACGGCCAGGGCUUUCCUGGAGAGGUCCAGCUGAUCCAUUAUAACCAGGAUCUCUACGCCAACUACAGCGAGGCAGCUAAGAGCCCUCAUGGCAUUGCCGUGGUUUCCAUCUUCAUAAAGCUCUCGGAAAACUCCAACGCCUUUCUCAACCGUAUGCUCAACAGAGACACCAUCACCAGAAUUAACUACAAACAUGACGCGUUCUUAUUGAUGGGCCUGAAUAUCGCGGACCUGUACCCUGACACCACGCGCUACAUCACCUACGAGGGCUCCAUCACCAUCCCUCCCUGCUACGAAACAUCUACGUGGAUACUCAUCAACAAGCCGAUCUAUGUCACACAGAUGCAGAUGCACUCCUUGCGCCUCCUCAGCCAGAACGAGCCCUACAAGAUCUUCAUGAGCAUGAGCGACAACACCCGGCCCACUCAGCCUCUGCUGCAGCGCUGCAUCCGAACCAACAUCAACUUCAGCAAGCAGGGCCGCGACUGCCCCAACAACCGCGCCCUGCGCCCACAGUACAGAGUUAAUCAGUGGCUCCUGAAGUAAAAGACAGGAAACAAACAAAAAAAAGGAGUGAAGCUGCUGCACUACGAGAAGAAGGAAGGCAGGAAUCGUUCGAGCCUAUUUCCCACUGCCGAACCAUGCAGGCCUGAACCAGCAGGAAAUGAACUGAAUGGAAAGCACAAGAGUUGCACUUCACCACGGACAGCUUAACUAAACAGCUAAGCUCCACCGACCCGAACUCCAAACUAACCGACGUGCGGGCCUAUCCAUCCACAAUGUAACACAACUCAUCAGAGCCUGCACACAGAUUGGUCCAAAGUGUGAAACAGACCACACGGACUCUGAUGUCUACAAUUUCUUGUGUUUCUAUUUGUUGUUUGAACUCACAAAGACUGGAGAUGUAACGAUUAAUUCAUUUUAUGUGUGGCUUUAAAAAAAAAAAAAGAAUGGAUGUUAUCUAAAGACUAAAGUACGUGAUGUUUAUCUUCGAUCAUCACUCGUCGACAUACUGUCAUCACGCCGUCAUCCACUCGCUGGAGGAUUUAUUAUGCAUCCGCUGAUGAUCCGGAGCAAGGAAACACUCAGCGGUGGUACGAUGGCGCGAGCGAUAAAAAUCUGUUUGUCCCGAUAUGGAAUCAUAACUAAAAAAAGGACAUUUUAUUUUGUGAAUUUCAGGCUGCAUAGCUCAAGGGUGAGAAACAGAGGGAGAGACUGUAACUUUGACAUUUUGUAGAUUUCAACAGAUGGAAUCCCUGCAGAUCCGAAUCAGAGGGGUCUCUCACUUUGCAUGAUUUUUGAAUAUUUCACUCGUCUUCGUGGUAUUUAAUUAAAACGUGGCGACACAGUUCACCUCGGAUCGGGUCCCUUUUCACAGCAACAUGGAGCUCGGAGCUCUAAUUUAUGGCUCCGUAGUAGUAGUUUUUUGGUGUACCUGUACUAAAAGCCCAAUUUUACAAAAACGGUUACAGGCAAACUGUCCACUUGGUAAAUUGUUACCCUGAAGACCGACUGGAACAAGACAUGGCACAUCUCUCAACCUUUGGAUUUCUGUAAUGCUGAAAAAGGCUGAAUACUGCGAAGCUCCACAAAGUCUGUGCAAGGGAGACGGCGGGGCGGAUGGAUGGGUUGAUAAAACAUUGUAGGAGUGAAGGUAAUUGAGUUAAAGAUUCGCAUUUUUAGGAGUAUUUGUGUCAUUGGACAAGACAAGAUGGCAGUCAUAUCGUGCUGCUGCUUCUUUUAUCACUGUCAUUAAAUGCAAAUCAAAACGGAAAGAUAUUAGUUAAAUUUAUUUGUUGAUCAUCAUGCUACCUAGGAAGGAAAUUGUUUGCUAAAAACAUCCUAUUUUUUCCUGGAAAAUCAAUGAAGAAAACGCUUUUGAGUUUCCGCAUUAAUAGUGAACUGCUGUGGCAGCUAGGUAGCUUUAGCGUAUUGCUGGCUACUGUUGUUUCGGCUAAGAAAUCUUAAGUUAAGACUUAAGUUGCUGUCAGUUUCCAUUACCCGUAGAAAUGUGCGAAAAACACAAAAAUCGUAAUAAAAAACUGGUAAUGGAAACAAAACCAACAAAAUCAAAUGUCGCUGAAACACUUUUACGCUCUCACAAGGUGGCUUUUCAGACGUAUCGAUAUGAAAGUUUGGAAUUUGAAGUCCUGUGUGAUAUGGGAUAUCGCAGGACGAGACUUUACGAGAGUCAAUGGUAACACAUACGAGACACAAUUGUAGUUCGUGUUUAAUUUGUGAAAAACUGUAAUGGAAACGCAAUAAAGGGACUGAAAUUAAAUUUUAAAAAGUCUACUGUCUGAAAAACCACUGAAGAAUCUGCACAUAUGCUACUUGUAAGUUAAAUCUCGACAGAUGCCGAAGCAAGUUUCCAAGAAGUUUUUGGGAAGAAAUUGUUGGUUUAGAUUUGACAAGAGUUAUACUGAGAGAUGUUACAAGAUUGUGUUCUAGGUAGUCAGCGGCAUCAAAGUAGUAAAAUGUCCUCCAGGUGUCAUUUGAAGAGAAAAUUUGUGCCAUAGAUGGAAAUAAAUAUUACAUUAAGAUACAAAUGUUAGUGUCUGAAAUGUUAAAGAUGCUCUGUAGAGUUUUCUUGUUCUCAAAUGUUUUGAGUCCUCGUAAGUCAUCUGCAAAUGAGUUGAAAUUUCAAAUUCUUCCCUGCGAUGUGACCUGAAGCCAGCUCAGCUUUGACUCUUCAUCGAGACCCGUAAUGGCGGCUGAUCUGCAGCGCGUGUGCGGAAAAAGUGACAACUGAAGCUUGUAUUACGGUUGGAACACUGAAUUAAUACCAACACAAGUGGUCGGUAGCUUGUUGAAUAGUUUUUCCUGUUUGCUGUGAUGUUGUAUCUCAUGAAGGAAAACAAAGUCGGGUCCAUCUGUCCAUUUCAUUUUCAAAAUGUAACUGUAAUAAACGAAGGAUCUGCAACAACAA